GUUGACUAUGACGUAUACAUACUUCGUAAGGCUGCCCUUGACAUUCAACGAACAGCAUCUUGACUUCUUACACAGUCAACCCAAUUUUAAAAGCAUUGGUGCCACUGCAUUUGAAAUAAGACAUUGCGUUCUUAUCUCACUACCCCACCAUUGCGCCCCCUCAGCGCCCAACUCCGUCGCGGAUCGCGCCCCACCAACUCUCAUCCUUCCCGUCAUUGAGCUAGUCGCCACUCGGGCUCAAUCGCGUGCAUGCACGAGAUCACUUUUAGACACUCGCCCCGCUAUGCCUAGGACUUUAGCAACUAGAGAUGCAGCCCUAGAGAGUCGCAAGGCAAACGUGGCAGUUGCGAACGGGCAUGCGCGCUCUUGCGUGCGAGCUGUGGGUCUCGUUGAGAGAAACAUAAGUCGAAGCUCGUCCCUGAUCCCUGGUAUCUUCACCUCAUCACACACCCCCUAUCCGUAAACAGCGAUAAUGCCAAAGCGUGCGCUCUGCUCAUACGGCAUCGACAUCGACGCUGUUUCUGGCUGGAUAAAUACACGUGACGGCAAGCCCGCCAACCCGACUGAUAUUUCCCGUGGAGUUUUCGGCGCUACAGUCG